AUGGCGACCCAUAAUGCGCCCUACAAACCGUCUCCUCUUUCUUUCGGAUCCCCACGAGCAUCCCCCUUCCGGAGACAGUCUUCGCCCGGUUCACCAUCAGCAACAAUCCGGCCAAACACCCCCGGCAGUUCGCCCGGGAAAGGCCAUACUCCGGUGCAAUCGCCCAGCAAAUUGAACCAAUCUUACACGGCCGAAGAUGAAGAGGCCGUGGCGAGCGACAAUGAACGCCCUGCCACUCCCAAAUUCCGGGAACCGCCAUCUUCGCCAACGAGAGGUGCCAAUGGACGGUGCAGUUUUUCUUCCAUGAUGGGAUCCAAAUCGCCCCGUCCGGCUCCCGUGGAUAACGAUGCUCUGUCACGGAUACCGCCCGCGCAGUUGAGGGAGAUGCGCGAGGCUUUUCAGGUCCUGGAUCGGGACAACGACGGCAGCAUUAACCGAGAUGACGUUGCCGAUGUGCUGGCGAAUUUGGGCCAAGAUUCAUCCUCUGCCGCAACCUCCCAAUACUUUCCCGCUGAAGGGCCCCAGGCCAUGAACCUACCCACGUUUCUGAACACGCUAUCCACAUUGCUGGCUCCCCUCUCGUCCCAGAAGGAGCUUCUCAACGCAUUUGCCGCAUUCGACGAUGACGACAGCGGGCAGGUGGAUGUCGCUGAACUGCGGGACGCGCUGCUCCACACCAAUCCGGAAGCGGGCGAAAGUCCUCUGACAGAGAAGGAGAUUGACGAGGUGCUCAGCGGAUUCACCGGCCGGAGGACCUUUGGGGGCAAGGGCAGAGGGGCAGGAUUAGGUGGGGUCAAGCGAGGCGACGUCUUUCGGUAUCAGGAGUUUGUUGGCAGCAUCUUGGGUGGCGCGGAUAAUGGUAAUGGCAACGGCAACGAAGAGGCCACGGUCAAAGGGUGA